AUGUCGGCGGUGACGGAGAGGCCAAACUUUGAAGAAAGUGUGUGUACGGUCUCGUCGCAACACUUCAAGCCUCUUCUGGACAAUGGCGGCCUUCGCAACGGGGUCGAUGGAGCUGUUGGAGCUCUUCCCUUGCGGGGCGCAGUAGAAAGGCCGCUCCUGUCGGCCGGGACGGUCAAGACUUCAAGUCACCUGGGCGGCAGCGGUGGCCUCGACAAGCGACACACAAGUGUACUCGUGUACACGGAAGAGCAGACCAUUGUCGGGCAGCUCAUGUUCCACAUCAAUGCUCAUCGGUUCUGCAACAUGAUCUUGGUCUCUCCGAACCAUUCGACUCCUGAGGAACCACUCGAGCGCACCGACUUUCAACUUGAGCAGAUCGUGGGGCCUCAAGUCUUCAAUACGCGCCGUGAGUCGUCUGCAAUUCGGCAAAGAGGAACCCAUCGCUGUGGAGCUGGUUAG